AUUUGCAUGGAUGGACACUCCGAAUCUCAGAUAUGAAGAGGGGCAGGGAGACAUUUGGGGAAGCUCUGCUUCAGCUGUGGCACAGAAGGCAACACUCAGGACAAUCUCCAGCAUGGCCUGGGCUCCUCUCCUCCUCACUGUCCUGGCUCACUGCACAGGAUGCUGGGCCCAGUCUGUGCUGACUCAGCCACCCUCAGAGUCUGGGAACCCUGGGCACAGUGUCACCAUCUCCUGUUCUGGAAGCAGCUCCAACAUCGGAAGGUAUACUGUGCAACGGUAUGAGCAGAUCCCAGGAACGGCCCCCAAACUUCUCAUUUAUGGUAAUAAUGAGCGACCCUCAGGGAUUUCUGACCGAUUCUCUGGCUCCAAGUCCAGGACCUCAGCCUCCCUGGCCAUCAAUGGACUCCAGUCUGCAGAUGAGGCUGAUUAUUAUUGCCAGUCGUAUGAGAGCAACCUGGAUGCUCCCACAGUGCUCCAGGCCCAGGGGGAAGUGAGUGAAGAACCCCCUUUCUCCUCUGCCAGGAGGGUGAGCGCUCAACAGCUGCUGCUCAGUCGUGGCCUGUGGCUUUUGCUGCUGCUGCUUCCCCCAUGGUCCAGGGCAUCCAGGGCCCCGAUGGGAGUAGCAGCUUCUCUUUUCUUGUGUUCUGAGAAUCAGACACAGCACCUCCUUCCUAGGAACAGGGCCUCCAGGAAACAAAACGUUCUGUUCCCUGUACCUUGGGACAUGGUGUCUGCACUGAAGUCCCGGGAUGAGGCUGCUGUUCUAGCUGUGUCACCUCAGACCCACCUCUUAUACAGAACGUGUGUCUCCAUAAUGCUCAUUUCCUGAUUUCUAGACGUCCCCAGACUGGUGGCUUUCUCUCCCUUCUCCUCAGGGUGACUCCCUUUGCUUCUUUUCUCCUCAGCCUAUUCUCUUUAAUAAAAUUCUUUCCAAGAAGGAAUAAUGUACAUAUAAUAAACCACCAAUAUUUACAUUAUA